GCUUCCUUAAACUCCUCCCAACUACACCUUACCACUCAUGUCCGAAGAAACAGCCCCCGGCGACACUACUACUACCACCAAUGAUUCCAUCGAAGUCGUGCUUCAAACAAAUCUAAAUCGAUUUACUUCGUUUGUGCGAGAAUUGUCAGGGACAACCUCCCAGGAGAAUACCCCAGACAACACUGAACCAUCCCCUCUUGUUGUACUAGGUGAGCAAUACACCAGUUUGGAAGAUGCGGAACACAGUAUACUGAACAAGCUUUGGCUUUCUUAUCGUUGUGGAUUUGAUCCGAUAACGAAAGCACCAGAUGGUCCUACCCCAAUAUCAUUCUUUCCCUCACUUGUAUUCAACAAGAGGCUAUUCACGACAGUAAGGAGUUUGUUUGACCUGGAGAAUUUCAACUCCGAUGUGGGUUGGGGCUGUAUGAUCAGAACGUCCCAGAGUUUGCUUGCUAAUGCGUUGAUGAAGUUGCAACCCAGUGCUGAACACGAGGUUAUUAACUUGUUUCAAGAUAAUAUCGCGUCUGCGUUCUCGCUUCACAAUUUUAUUAGAGUUGCCUCUGAACUGCCAUUGGAAGUGAAACCAGGACAAUGGUUUGGCCCUAAUGCUGCGUCAUUAUCCACCAAGAAGCUUCUUGAUGGCAUGAAAGGCAAGACUAUACAAGGAGUAAAGUAUCCACACGUUUUUAUAAGUGAGAAUUCGGAUUUGUACGAUGAAGAAAUUGAAGAAUUGCUAGUCGAGUCAAGUGUGUUGAUACUAUUCCCUGUUCGCCUUGGUAUUGACAAUGUCAACUCUUAUUAUUAUGACUCGAUUUUCCAGCUAUUGGCGUGCCCAUUCACAGUAGGCAUAUCUGGAGGCAAGCCCUCGUCGAGCUUCUACUUUCUAGGUUAUCAAGAUCAGGAUUUACUAUACUUUGACCCUCACCUGCCACAACUUUAUGAAAACCCAAUAAACUACACCACUUACCAUACCAACAACUACCAGCGAUUGCACAUACACAUGCUUGAUCCAUCAAUGAUGGUUGGGAUAUUGGUCAAGGAUAAGUCAGAAUAUAAGGAGUUUAAGCGAUGUUGCACAGAGAAUGCCAACAAGAUAGUCCAUUUCCACCCCCAACAAUCGCCAGUGAUAUCGGCUGCUAACCAAUCGUGGGAAGUUGUUGAGGAUGAAGAUGAUUUUGUUAAUUUGAAUGUGGGAAAACUGGAGGAGGACGAGGACGAGGGCGAGGAUGAGGGCGAGGAUGAUUUUGUAGAUUUGUCGCCUAGAACUAGGUGAGAAUGUACAUUAUGCUAUGUCUA